UCACGUGACUGCAAUGUGACUGAUAUGUGAAUCUCGGAAGUGUGUUUGCCACGUCAAAAGCUGUCAGUUUUUCCACGGCGAGUUUAGCUUGCAACCGGCCAGUAUAGGAGUGUAAUGCCCGCACGUGCAUUGUGUUAUGAGAACUGACAGGAGUAAAUAUGGAAGAGUGUGAAACUUACGAGACGGGAGACUUAGAAAUAGAAUCGGAUUGGUAUCAAAACGAUUUAAAAUUAGCAGCUGAAUUGGGUAAAGCUCUACUGGGUAGAAAUCGUGAAUUAGAAGGAAGUGUGACGUCAUUAACACAGAUAAACAAUGAUCAGGCCCAGGAAUUACAGCAUCUACGGAACCAGGUGGAGUCGUUACGUAGUACGAGUGAGUCGAGGAAUAAGUUAAAUGAGGAUCUGGAUAGAUUGAAUCAGGAACUGGAGAAAACCAAUCAAAGAUUGAUGUUAGAUAUAAAAGCCGAUAAACAAACAAUUAACAGGUUGAGUCUGACCGUAGAAUCACUGGAUCAAAAAGUGGAAGAUUUACAACAUAAAAUCGAGGAUCUAAAAGCGAAGGAAGUGGCCGUACAAAAACAGGACAAACGACGAGCUACAAGUCUCGCGAGUCUCAAUGAUACGAACGAUAAACCGAACAAUUAUUAUAUAGAAAAUUUACGAUGGACUUAUAACGACCAGUUUAAAAACCUUCCGCUUAAUCCGUAUGAAAAGGAGAUCAAAAGGCUACAAGAUCAAGUGCACAAGUUGAAGACCAAUCAAAUGAUAGAACGUCGUCAAACGGAAGAUUUGGAAGUAGAGCUCGCGCUGGCCAUGCACGAAAAUCAAACAUUAGAAGACAAAGUCCGAUCUCUUGAAGACAAGCUCGAGAAAUUGAACACGGAUAUUCAGGAGGAGAACCUGCGACAGGAGAUCAAAAAAGCUCUGGGACCAGAUAAAAUUUCCUGUCGAUUCUGUGAACGCCCAGAUGAUACUGAAAUAUUGGAUGACUUGGAACACGAUGAUCUCAAACUCCGUAGUGCAGGGAAAGCGGUAAAGUUAGAAAGUGGCGGUAGUCUGUAUGGCAGUAUGGAAUCUGUGAACGUGGUUGCGUCAGACGCUGAAGAAAUCGUUACCAAGGAUACGGAUGAGGAUGCCAGUCUGUCUAUUCUGAAUGAACUUGAAACCCAGUAUAAGACAUUAUUCUCUAAAUACGAGGAUGUGAUUCAGGGUCGUGCUAAACGGUUGUCGGGAGAAUUUGACGCGGUGGAAGAAAAAUGUAGAAAGUUGUCGUCUGUUUCCCACAAGGAGGUUCAAACCCUGAUAAAUCUGACGUUGAACAAAGAUUAUGGUCAGGAACCAGGUCAACCACCCCCGUAUAAGGCAAUAUUUAAAGAUUUAUUUGCUACUUUGAAGAAGUCGAGAAUAGAUGAGAGCCAGGAGACCCAACAGAAAACGCCAUCUUCUACCCCAGUUAAUGAUGAAAACAAAGCGUUUGUUCCCGGGACGAACGGCGCUGCUACCUCGUCAAAACCAAAAAAGGUUGUCAUGGUAACGACCUCGACCUCGACCUCAACCAUGACCUCUUCAGGGGUUAAAUUACGUGCCAAACCUGCAACGGAUGUAAAUCGAGUCGCAAAAGCAAAAAGUGUAGGAAGUGUUACUAAGAAAUAAAAACGAUGGUUUUAAAAUAAGAAGGUAUGCAGAUAGUUGAACCCUAAGAAAACAAAAAAGUGGCUUUUAAAAUAGGCUGAACCCCUAUUCACAAAGGUUAUAAAAGUUCAGUGGGAGAGUCCAUUUCCAGGUUGGUUUUGGAGGUCGGUAAGUCUUACACAUCGUAAGGGUUAGGGGUAAUGUUGAAUGUUGUCAAGGUAACACGAAAUUUAAUACUAAACCGAAAUUACCGAUUGGUGAAUUUUCCGUCUGGAAAUGAACUCGACCAACGGUCUUAUCAGCACGAUCUGUAGAAAGAGUCUGACGUAUUGCCAUGGUCGCCAUUUUCUUACCCGGUUAUUAAGCUUUGAUAGAUCAAAAUUAGAACAAAUUAAAUAUAGAAUAAACAGCGCCAGUAAAAUUUAACAGAAUAAUAGUUAUGCGUAAGAUAUAGUAAAUACAGAGACGGGAAUUCUGUAAGAAUCUACAAGUUUAACAGAUCAAAUAGGUGUCGGUGAAAAAAGAAGAUCUAGUGGUCCAGAGGUGGGAACUGUUUAGGAAUCUGGCAUUGCGUAUUACCAAAAUUAGACAAAAAAUGGCUGACCACAAUUGCGACAAUAGUUGUCCAGACUCUAUCUAUAUAUGGUAGGCCACGGGAGCGCAUGCGUGAUUUGUGUAACCAUGGUACACUCUCUACCCGGUAUAUGAAAACAUGGCUUCUUCUAGGGAUAGUUUUAAUAGCACAGGGAAUGUAGAACUUGAAUUUUUUUAAGAACUAAAAACAAGGAUUACCUAGACUAAACAAACCAUACCUAGCUAUUUAUUACAUCAUAAAUGUCCAUUCCAGUAUUUUAUAAGACUGUUUCUAUCAUUACUUUAAACGGAAUAUGAUUCUGUCGUUAUCUUCACGUGAGGGGCGCUCAUUUUUCUCCACGUGAGUUUAUCAGUUCUGCUAAUGACAGAGGUCAUCACUUUUCCACUCGUCAGAGUUGAUCAUUUUUUGCCAGAUGGAGGAUAGAACACUUUUUUUCCACACCAGGGUAAUUCCUUACCAAAUUGAGGCACAAAACAUUUAUUGCUAUUUAUAUUUUACCUGAUGAUAUUAACAUUGAAAUUGGCGGUCGCCAUAAUGUAAACAGUGCCGCCACAUAGCCUACUUAACUACAAAAUAAAAACCAUAGUAGUGGUUGCGCUUGUCCCAUUUUGUGGACUCUGAUUUUUAUCUUGUAGGCCUAUUUAAUGUCUUGGACUGUCAAAAAUUAUUUGGGUUGCUGCUAUGCUAAAAGAUCCGUAUAGACUGGAUAGCCUAUUGUAAUAAUGUUUGCCUUCUUCCUACGUCACCCCCUUUAUCGUGACGCAAGAACAUGCCUGACGUCAUUUAGAUUCGGUUAUCCAGUCUGUAUUAUGACAAAACUUUUUGUAUCCCCAAUCUAAGCGUUAUUCACAAAAACUUCAAAGAUUUUAAGGUUUCACUGGCUAAGAUUUUAACUGCCAGCCACCGAUAACUGAAUUAUUAAACGUUUUCGUGAAUUUGGCUCCAUUGGAUAUCAUUGAACUAGUUAUUUUGGAUUAAACGUUAAGAAUGUUUGAGGGUGACGUAUAACUGUGUAUAUAAAAUGAUUAUUAUAUUUAUUAUAUUGUAUAUAACUAAUCCGAGGUGUGUAAAUAUUAUUCUAUAAUUAUAUUAUAGGCUAUAUAGCUUUAAAUUGUGAUAACAGUUGGAGAUACAACUAGUGAAUUGCUUUGUAUAUACAUGUAUAUUGUAUUGGGGAAAUUACAUUAAAAACUUUGUUGUGCAAAUUACAUUUAAAAUUGUAUUGAUCAAAUUAUAUUUAAACAUUUAUUGUACAUUCACAAAACGGAUGCUAAUACUUUCUGUACAACUUUGCAUGAACUGUCUGUACCAACUUAAUUACUAGUAUCCCAGCACAUACGUCAUCAUACUGACAUCCCCGCACCUACGUCAUCAUGUUGGUAUCCUCACACAUGCGUCACCAUAUUGGUAUCCUCGCACAUGCGUCACCAUAUUGGUAUCCCCGCACAUACGUCACCAUAACAUGCGUUAAUCUCUAAAUGCCUGACGUAGUGCACAUGUAGAUCUCCUAUAGAGAAGAUUAAGUUUUGCAACUGGAAGCUGUGCUUCAUUUUAUUGACUGAAACGUGGCUUCAAUUGAACGCCCAGAUUUAGCUUUCAUUGUGCAUGCAAUUUUUGGAGGGUUCGAUUUACAUUAACGCCACCUCUAUUUAACAACACGAAUCUUCAUUUUCAUUUUCUAAUUUGAAUCGGGACCCCCUAAGAAUAUUAGGGACCCAGUGUGCACCUUACAAGACGACGACCUUGAAUUCGGCUGCCCUAUCAAAAUUUAUCAACCAUUAUGUUGGUCUACACAAUGGCACCGAGUACGUGUAUGAAUAAAUCACACAUUUCAAAAGUUUUAGAAAUAAUUAAAGACUUGCUUGAAUGAAAUUGUAAAUUUAGUUUAAUUAGUUUUAUUCUGCGCAUGACUUGAAGUUAGUUUAUAUGAUAAUAGACUUAUAUUCCGUUAUUCGCUGGUCACCAAUGUCAUAUAGCAGAACAGAUUGUCUGCGCCAGCUUGUUUACAAAUUGAAAUUCUGCUCGAGCUGUUUAAAUACAAAGUGAGCUGGUUGUUUAUUUAAGACAUUUUAUCAAUAUUUAUUGUCCAUCCAUGUUGUGAGAUGUUUUCUUUUUUUACUUUCCAUCUAUAUUGUAUCAAAUCAAUGACUCGACUAAUUUAGUAAUUAACGCUUGUGAUUUUAGGUAUCGACUAAUUAACGCUUGUAAUCCCCACCUUCCAUGUACAGGUUCAUCCUCCCUGGGUAAACCAUAAAAGCCAGUUAGGCCCUGGUUUCUCUUUGUAGAACCUUGUGAACGCUAUGACAAAAGUUAUCAUCCGGUGUUUGUAUGAAAUUUAUAUGCAUUAUUUAGGUCGAAGAAACCUAUUGAAUUUCCCUAACCUAUACAGUUAAAUGAAAGUGAUAUGGAUCAGUGUCUUGUAAAUGCUCCCAUUACCUAGAAAUGAAUAAAUAUGAAAUAAUUCUUGUCGACUGCUUGGACGAUUUAGCUGCUGUGCCUGGCAACCUAUCUGUGUUUUUUAUUUGAAAUCAAAAUAUGCAUUUAUGACAUCCUAAAGGUCUUCCGUUAUUUUCUAUGCGAACAAAUAAACUUUAAAAAAAAGGCUUUUGGUUGAGAUACCGAAAUCAAACAAUCGGGUUUAACGUCUUACUUUUCUGCACCAACCGGGCUAAUGAACACCGGCAUGCGCCAUACAGUGUGCUAUGAGGGGAAUAUUGCCCGGACAGCGGCACUACGGCUUAGUCUUAUUUCAAAUUCUAACUGUCAAUGGUUCUUUUACGUCAUCUUGCUAUCUGAUCUAUAUUUCAAAUUGACAAAUAGGGUCAUGACUUACCUUGUAAGUAGUAUUUUCCUGCCUGGGUCCGUUGGUGUCUCUAAAUCAAAGUAUUGAAGUAAAGAUGUACCCUAUCUUAAUCCCGAAAUGGCCAGUCUUUCUUAUUUUUGGUGCAUCUCCGCGAAUACUUUCGUGAUGGAAGUGUGGAAGCAAACAUGGCCAGUUUAUGUUGAGCAGACGUUAAACCCCAUCUAUCUUUCGAUUGUUGGCGCAUCUCAGUCAAUACUUUAGUUAGGGAGUAUAUUAUUAUUUAUUAAAAAUGGAGCGAUAUAAACUUUGGGCGAUUAAAAUUGUUUGAAUUAUAAUUUAAUGUGUUUUUGUGCCUAUAUCUAAUCUGUAUGUUGAACCUUGUGAACGCCCUGUAUCUAUAUGUUUGUUUAUUUGUGAUCACGUGAUAUUGUUAUAUUUUAUUGUGUACUAUAACUUCUACACUUAUAAUUAAUAAACUUAUUAAAACAA